AUGUUUCUCGCCGUCACCAUCCUGCUUCUGUCCCUUGCAUUUCUGGCGUACAAAUACCCUGAAAUGCUUCGAGGCUUUCUUCCGUCGUGGUUCGCGCCUGGGCAGCAGAAUGGCGACGCCGACCAGGUCUCGGGAAAAGGGGAAGAACCGAGUAGUCCAGAGAUCAAACUGGACGAACCCGAUGGCGAAACUACACCGAAGGCAAAGCCAGUCAAACCUUCAGACGAAGUACCCUCUUUCAUCCUGAGUGACGACGAAGCCAAGAAGGACGAAUCAUCAAGUCCUCCAUCUCCGCCAGUCCCAUCAUUCCCAGCGGCGAACAGCGCCCAACGCGCCUCAGCAAUGCCUCCGCCACCGAGACCGACCGCCAAGAGCACCUCCGGCCUAAUGCCACCACCACCACGCCCAACCCCCAGCCUGCGACCAAACCCAACCACAUCCCUCCGCAUCCCCACAACCGGCCCCCUCCCCAACCGCGGCCCCCCACCCAACAGCCAACAGCGCGUCAGCAGCAGCCUCUCCCCCAACACCACCAUCAAAACCCCCUCCACCCGCGGCAAAGUCCUCCUCUCCCCAGGCCACUCCCCCAUGGACUGGGCGGCCCUGACCAAAACCGGCAACCUCAGCGGCGUGUCCACCUUCCAACGCGUCACGCCCUCCCACCUCAAAACCAUGACCGGCCGCAAGGGCAAACCGGCGUGGAGCAGUUGGCAGGGCAAGGUCUACAAUAUCACGCCUUAUUUGCCUUUUCAUCCUGGCGGGGAGGCGGAGUUGAUGAAGGCUGCCGGCAGGGAUGGGACGAAGUUGUUUAUGGAUGUGCAUCCUUGGGUGAAUUGGGAGAAUAUGUUGGAGGCGUGUUUGGUGGGGGUUUUGGUGCCGGAGGAUUAUGGGGUGGGUGCUGGUGGGGAAUCGAGUUUGGAGGAUAUGGAUUGA